CGUCAUCAACAGACGACAUGGCGGUUUGAUUGAGACAACAAACGUGAAACGUCGGUGCUGGUGCAAAUGCUAAAAAGUCACCUCUGUUGGACUUGACACCACCUUCUGCUAUAACACCGAGCUUGAACCAAAUCAACAGCCAUGAAUCCAGCAAUUAGACGGAGACUUCCUCAGUCUGUGAGGAGCCUUCUGACAGACAUCGGUCCAAAGGAAGAGUGGACUGACACAGAGCCCGACACAGUGACCAGAGAUGGGAUCCUGCUCCCCUCCAGAGGAGCUGCCUCUGGACAAGAGGAGCUUCUCACACCAGCCAGGACACAAGAGGAAGAGGCUACAGUAGAUGUCAGUAACGCCAGAGGGAGGGCAGUCUGCAUGUUGUGUAAAAGCAAGCCCUCAUGUUACACCUGCCCUCGUUGUAACCUGCAUUACUGUGGCUUGGCUUGCUACCAGAGCCCAGAUCACCGUGUGUGCUCCGAGGAGUUUUACAAGGAGUCAGUUCUGCAGGAGUUGAAGGAUAUGGGGAAAACUGAAAGUGAAGGGACAAAGAAAAUGCAGGAGAUUCUUGUGGGACUCAGACAAAAGGCGGAAAGGACAGAUGGGGGGAUGGAAAGUUUGUUAAAAGAUGCUGGUAUUGUGUCAGAAGACAUGGAUGAAGGGGAAGGAGACACAGCAGAGAAAGUGCAGGUUGUGGAGCUCCUGUCCAGGUUAGCGGAGCUUCAGCAGUCUGGAGAAGGGAGUGCAGCUGAGGUUGAAGCUAUUUUGAGGAAACUUGAAGAAAUCGGAGGAGGGGAGCUGCUGCAUGGAGACAUAGAUGAGGGCGCUGAAGGUGCAGAAGGGGAGCUGGACUUGGCUGAGAGGCUCUCAGGGAUGGAUAUUGACAAACUUUCAGAAGAGGAGCUGUGGGAAGUUCUCAACAGUACAGAGAAAGAGAAGUUUAUUGGUCUGAUGAAGGGGGGCGCUCUCGGUGGGCUGGUUCCUUUGUGGAAGCCGUGGUGGGAGGAGCAUGAAGAGGGAGGCAGAGCACUGGUGGAGGUGCUCGAGGAGGAAGUGAGCAAAAUGGAGAGAGAAAAUGCCAAAACUAUGCAUGAACAGGAUGCUGAUAAUAAAGUCAAGACAUCACAAGAAGUGGUUCAGAAUCAGGAGAAAUCAGCUACAAAGCAGAAAAAGUCCAAAGGAGGAAACAGAAAGGAAACAAACAAAGGAAAGGGAAGUUCAACAGUUCCCAGCGUUCCUCCAAUUUCUGCAAAAAUCCCAAAGCUGAGUUCAUUAUGUGCAAAUCCAUCUCCCCUUAUAUGCUAUGGUUUGGUCAAUGCACUUUUUGCUUACACUUUCACCCUGUGCCUGUUUAACAAUGACACUGAUUCAUUCAUGUUUGAGCUCUGUGACAUGAUUCUUGCUCUGUCUGAGGCGCUGAGCUCAAACAGGGUGUUCAGCUCUGCCCAAGAGGCCUUAGACUGUGGAGAGACUCUCAUUUUGAAUGGAGGUUACCUCGACAAGGAUGAUCCUCUUGCCCCAGCCAGGGCGGUGGAAGCCGUGGCUCAUAUCAUGACCGGCAGAGACAGAAAGGACGCCACAGGAUACUGCCUGGCAGCUUUGAGUCAGCUUCGUUCGGUGCUCUCUCAGGCCAGAACAGCCCUGUCUAAAGAGGGAGAGGAAGGGGCAAGGAGACACAAGUACUUCCUGGCAAGCAAGAAGUGUGAAUUCUUUCAAGCCUGGGUGUUGGACAAUGAACACGGGAUUCGUAGACUAGCUAUUGAGUUGUGGAAUGAACACAGUAAAAGAGAGAGUUUAAGGAGCAGCAUGGAGAAAGCAAAGACUGUAGUUGAGCAGAGCUUGAAGAAAGGGAAGAACAAAGAGAAGAGUACGUUAAUAGAAGAACUGAACUGAUGAAAUUAUCUUUUGAACAUAUUGAUGAUUGUAAAAGUUUUUAAUGCAAUAAAAAUGUA